AACUUUUGCAAGGGCCCUGGUAUAAAACAGAGUAAUUGACAAAGAGGACGCGCGCACAUGGCAGGUAGGUUGGUGGUGGCGCUGAUGACCCAAUCGUGCACAUUAGCAACUCCACCAUCUGCCGUAGCCGCAAUUUCCCUCAAACUCUCCCGCGCCGCUAUCCUACGCCCUCCACCUUCAUACGCACCACCACCAUCACUUUCCACUCGAACAAUCACAAUGAACACCAACGGUCAAGAACAACAGCAAGACAAUCUCGACGGCAUAUUCAAGCAGAAACGGAUCCUACGGUCCAAAGUCCGCAAAGCCCUCAAGGCCAUGGACCCCACACUCAGAUCCCAUGAAGAUAAUGCAAUCCAGAGUGUUGUAUUGGAAGCUCCGUGGUUUAGAUCUUGUCAAAGAUUAUGUGCAUAUAUAUGCUGCAGUGCUUUGAGGGAAGUUGAUACCUCCAACUUGUUGUCUGCAAUUCUUCAAAGUCCACUCAAAGAGGGUGAUGUGCAGGUGAGGAAAAAGCUUUAUGUUCCGCGUGUGGAGGACAAGAAUUGUCACAUGAGAAUGCUCAACAUCUCAUGUAUGGAUGAUCUUGUUGCGAAUUCGAUGAACAUUUUAGAACCAGGUCCAAUCGAUGCUGAUGGAAAUGAACGGGAAGAUGUUUUACAGGCAAGCGACCCAGUUGAUUUGUUCCUCUUACCGGGACUAGCAUUUGACAGAUCUGGGAGACGCUUGGGUCGUGGUGGAGGUUAUUAUGAUACCUUCCUGAAGAACUACCAAGAGCUUGCAAAAACACGCAAUUGGAAGCAACCACUGCUUGUUUCACUGUCCUAUUCUGUACAAAUAUUGGAUGAAGGUGUACCGGUCACUCCACAUGACAUUCUGGUGGAUGCGCUUGUGUCCCCGGCAGGUGUUAUUCCCAUCAGCCCAGCAGCUUUAGACAGGAUGAGGCCUUGAUAACAAAACUAGAAGCUUUCGUCUUAGAUCAGAUCCUCUUGGAGUUGGACUCUGGCUUCCCCUUGAUCUGUUAAAGGAAAUAAUCUUGGUCUGCCUGAGAUACAGGGCUCGGCCAGCGUCAUCAAAUGAAUCCGCGAAGUUCUGGUCCUCUGGUACAUCAAAGUUAUUGUUUUUAGAAUGAGGAUGUUCUUUUCCUGUAUUCUUCUUCUGCUUUUCUGCUGAACUAUUUUAAUUCCAUGAGUUUAUGCAUCUGUCGAAGAGGUCCCAUUUGAACUCUCAAAUUAAGGGUACCUGACCUCUAUCUG